AUGUCUUCUGCUAAAAUAGAGAAUAUUAUAAACCUAUCGUCCGAGGAUGAGGAUGAUGUGGAGAUUAUUGCUUUCAAAAAGGAGACACAGGACUUGAUUGAUAAUCCAGUACAGCCUCCACAUACCACCAAAAAACUAAGCAACAUUCAGUGUCCAAUUUGUUUUGAUGAAGUCACUAAUGCUACGGCAACCUCUUGUGGACAUGUUUUUUGUUUGGAAUGCAUUCAGCAAAGUAUUGCUAGUUCUACUGCCAGGGGACAGACCAAAGGUAAAAAGGGAGUUGGUUUAUGUCCUUUGUGCCGAAAGAGAGUUACCUUUAAGGAAACUAUGUUGUUGAGAAUGAAAAUAGCCACGGCUACAGGCCCGCCACCUGUACGGUCUGAGUCGAACGAAUCGAAAUAA